UUAGGCACACUAAAGACUUGUCUUAUUUGUUUGAGUGCCAGGUACCUCACACACAGCAGACAUGGGCUUCACCUACAAGUUAACCUUUUUGUUUUUUAUGGCCGCCUUUGUGGGGGCAGUGGAUAAAGAGAAGCCAGACUUUGCGGGGAUAUUCAAACAGAAAGGACUGGACAACUUCCUUAAGGAAGGUGUGAGUUUACUGCAGAAGCAACUAUAUCAGAUUCAACUGCCAGAAUUUUCAGGCUCACAAAAAUUUGGGUUCCUGGGAAGUGCCAAGUACAAAUUAUAUAGCCUGGCUUUAAAAAAGGUCGAGUUGCCCAACUACCAAGUCAGUCCUUUACCGAAUUCUGGUCUGAAGUUAUCUAUCUCCGGGGUUUUAAUUGAUGUUGAUGGACGAUGGGAGGUUCGCUUUGGAUUUAUACAUGAAGACGGCACCUUUAAUAUCAAAGUCAAGGGGCUCAGCAUUUCCGUUGGACUUAUUUUGGGGAAAGAUGGAUCUGGUAAACCAACAAUUUCCCUAUCAGAAUGCAGCGCCCAUAUUUCCAAUGUUGAGGUGCACAUGUCUGGAACUAUAGGUUGGUUGGUUGAACUUUUCCAUAACAAGGUUGAAUCAGAACUGAAAACAUUGUUGGAGAACAAGAUCUGCCCAGAAAUUACUCAGGCUAUUAAUACUCAACUGUUACCCCUUCUGCAGAAUCUACCAGGGGGAAUUUUUUGAUGCACACCGUAUUACUCUACCCUUCUCUCCACCGGUGAUGUCCCUGCCUCCAGAUCAGGAUCUCGUGGCUUACUCUGCUGUCUUUAAAUACUUGUUAUUUUGAUUCAAAAAAAUGCUGGGGCUUGUAUAACUGAUUAUAUGCUAAAAAAGACAAAAUCACCUCUUAAGAUCUAUCAUUUUGUUGAUAUAUUCUAUAAAUGUAUAUCUUUUAGGGGGGCAUGGGCGAGUAUUGUGUUUCAUGAUUGCUUUCAUCUUCCUUUUCCUCCCCUUAACAGUAAUUACUAAAGUGGGCAUAUAUUGUAACAAAUUAGUAUUUCCCAUUGCAUUAUACACCUAUAAAAAUAAAAAGAAUAUUCUUUAAA